AUGACAGAACAGCGUUCAAGAAGCAAGGACACAGACGCACAGCCAGGCACACGACUUUGGAGGCAUCGAAUCUUGUGGAGCAAGGAUCGAAGGCGAGUCCAGACUCCAGACCAAGCCGGCAUACCAGCACGCACGCCCAGCGCCAACCGCAAAAACAACAACCUCCACACAAAAUCCACAGAACGCGCAGCACACACGGACUAUGUAUCCAGCAAACCUGCGCACAGCGCCAGCAAGUCUUCACGCAGCCAGAACCCUCGAUCGGCGGUCGGUGGUCUAUUAUUGGUGAUUGGUAGCUGGUGGGCCCUCAGAGCGGUGCAGGCGAAGAUUUCCCUCGCACCACAUCUAGGGUGCUGGCGCCCGCUCGCUCGCGCCACCUCCACGCGCCGGAUAUGGAAGGCGUUGUAUACCGUGCUAAAUUGCGGCGCCACGAGGCGCCGAGGUGUCCGGGCGACAAAUGGCACGCAGCGACGGCUGACAGCGAAGCGUGGAGGCGCGAGGCGAGGUGUUCGGUGUUCCACGGGUGACCACGGGAUGCACGGAGAAGAGGGGGGGUUGCUGGUUGAACCCCUGGUGCCCUGGUGCCCUGAUGGCCGCAAGGACGCAGCUAUUACCGCACGCCAUGGCCGCCUUCGCCGCGAGAUGCGCAGGAGCGCGGGGCGGGGAAGGCGGGGAAGCGGCCCUCGAGGCGUGCCUGUGACAGAUGCACAGCGUACCUGGCAGGACCCUGCUUCUGGAAGCAAAAAGGCCGCGGGGCAGUCGCCGGGGCGGCCUGUGGGGCGCGAGACCAGGGAACCGGCGCAGCGACGCCAGGGUGCGCGCCGCGUACGAACAUGCAUAUGCGGUCUCGAGAUGAAGAGGACGCGAAAGGCGGGAAGGGGCGCUGCGGAGCGGGGGCGCGGACACCGGCUGGGACGCGACGUGCGGAGACUGGCUCUGCAGCAGCCACUUCGGGCUCAGCGCACGGGGUCGACGCCCGGUAGGAUGUACGCGCGUCCCCCCCCCAAAUGCGAGCGACGAUCUUACGAGACGGUCUGUCGAACCUCCCUCGCAAGGGGGACUGGACGCGCUGCAUGCGGGACGCACGGUGUUUGUCCUGCGGCGGGGCGAUCGCCCGCAGGUCCAGUGUGGCUAGGGCCGCACAUGACGGCCCAGCGUGACUUGACCAGCGUCCGGCCGUACAAGGACGAUAUUGGUGGAUGCUGGCCGAGUUGUGUCGUGGCGGCCCGGGGCCUAUGCGGCGCUGAGAUUGAGUUCAACCCGGGUUCAUCAAACAGCAUGCUCAACCCAGGAUGGACCGGGUUUUUCCCCGAAUUGGCACCGCCGGGUCUUUUCUGA